CCCCGGCGGCACUGACAUGCACAGGCGGGUGGGAGUGAGCAGGGGGGCUCCCUACCGCUCAGGAGCCCGGAGAACCCAGCUGCCAAAUCGCCUGGUUUAAUGCUUGGCUCCCCGCACACAGCUACUUACCCACGUUUAACAAUCUAAAAAACCGGAUUCUGCUCCUCAUUUUCUUCCCAUGAGGUUACAGUAAAGAACUUGAUGUCAUUUGAGCAGGACAAUUAAACCGCUGAUGAAACCUUAGCCAGCCAAUAGAUAUAGGAUUACUUUCCACAGAAACAAGCAUCGCCUCUCUACAGUAUAACAAAGCUGUUCCUUGCAACUAUUUCAGGAUGUUAUCGCAGCAAAAUACAUUGUUCAUUUGAUUUUUAACUGUACUGAUUAAUUUCUGGAGCUUCAAAGUACAAUGAGAUGUAUUUUGAAGAACCUGCUCUUCAUCUGUGAAUUUUGGAGCAUGAGAAAGAACGGAGACGUGCCUGCUGUACAGAGGCCUUGUGGAUGACUGGGAAGAUCCUUUGCAAAACAGGAGCUGAUUUGGUCAAUGCCACAGAUCCAGAGCUGGUCAAGUUCAUUGGAGAAAUUUACUAUGGACUCUUCCAGGGCGGCAAAAUUCGGCAGUGUGGGUUGGGCGGGCGGCGCUCCCAGUUCACAAUUUUCCCACACAUGGUGAAAAAGCUGAAUACAGGCCUGCACGUGAUCAUUAUAAUGUUCCUCUGUGUGGCCAUUUCCUUUUCUCUGGUCAGUUUUGGAUUCUGCAUUCUUAACACAAUAAAAGUUCCUUACCGGGCUAUUAAAGGUCCAGCAGGAGUUUGCCUUUGGAACUUCAUUGCAGGUGGAUUUCUAGUACUUGCAGUCACCAGCUUUAUGGCUGCUGUGAAACUUCACCACCUCACAGAAAGAAUUGCCAGUUUUCGGGAAAAUGUCUUUCAAUUCGUUGUCUUAGAAGAAAGGUUUGAAGACUCUUUUUGGCUUUGUGUGGCAAGUGCCACAGCACAUGCAGUGAAUUUGCUGCUAAUAGCCAUUAGUGGGAUUCAUUUUCCUAAAAUUAAGACUAAAACAGAAGAAGCAAAUGUUACAGCAGAAGAUAUCAUGUACUAAUAAAUCUACACAGAACUACUUUGGUCAAGUGAACUGUCACAACACAAAACAACUGCUUGGCUCUUCAGCUUUUGAUUUGGAUGGAUGAUUUUUGUAUAAACAUGCGUAAAUAUGAUAUUCUGCUGUACCAGCAAUUAACAUAUGUUGGAAGGUGGGAAUAACAAAUGCAGUU